CGGACGGCUGCGGCGGCGCGGCGUUACUUUGGGUCAUGGAGUCGCCGAGUUGCACCGUCGUAACGGGAAUUCGGUUUGCCUGCCUGGCUUUUGCAAGUUUUGUAGCUCCAGCGACAACUGAGAAUUCCCAUGUAACAACUAUUCGAGAUUUAUGCUGUGGAUAUUAACUCGCCACGAGCUGAUUCUGAUUUGACCACAAAAAACCAUGAAGCCUCUUGCCUGGAAUCACAGUGAGAGAGGGAUUUAUGACUGCUCAAGGGGGCCACCACCACCUUAUGCAGCAUCAAAGUCGAUUAUGGAUGAAUCUGUUGUUGCAAGUAGAGCACUAGUUCAUCCAACACCUUCACACUCUACUACUAGUACUAAACCUGCUACAGUUACCUUUCAAACCUUCAACCAGAUGGUUGGGACAGUUCAGCCAAUUGCACAGGCACAAGCAUACAUGCCUCAGCAAGUUCAUUCCAAUAAUGAAGCCAGCUCACAAAACAUUUUUGUCUAUAAGACUGUAUCACAGCCAAUGUGUCAAACUAUUUAUGCUCCAGGAACGAAGCAGGUUACACUACAAAACAAAGGCAGUGCAUUGUCCAAUAACCCAGCCCAACCGAUUGCUCUAAAUGGGGUUGUGUGGAUGACUGCGGCUGGCCAAAUGGCUCAGACUGUUAAUAAUGUCUACAGUGUUCAGUUUGCUAGAAUGAUGCAAUCUCACAAUCCAAUGCAUCAAAAUGUAAGGCAAUCUUCAAAAACACCUGUUUCAACUUCCCCUGCAGUUGCAGGUGCUCCUCAAGGACAGCUGAAUGUUCCAGAUUCCCAAGGAAACCAUAGCUCAGUUCUAAGUCUGACAGCAAAAGAUAAUUCAAGAUGUAAUGACCAGACACAAAUUCGAAGUGCCUUUAGAAAGGAGGAUUUAUUUCAAGAUCAGGGUAAAACACAUUCAGCGGUAGUUGGCACAGCUCCUGCCCGAGUCUUUCAUAGAAUUUGGCCAACACCACCAAGCUAUGCAUCUGUUGCUCAACAAAUAUAUGGAGAUCGAGUAAAAGGCGACUCUUCUGAACGGGCUGGAUCAUCGGUUAAUUUGAGUCAACAGCAAAAUGGACAGCAUGAUUUUACUAAUUCAAAUGGGCAGAAGAGAAUGAUGCUUGCACGGGUGACUCCAAUGUCCCAGGACCGGAGAAAUUUGCAGCAAAAUACAAAUACUUUUCCAACUACAGAUAUAAAUAAACCGAAGAACUUGCAGCUUGAAGAUGCCCAGUUGCAUCAUAAAUUAGGAAGUAAUCAAGAAAGUAGAACAGUAAGCAAUGCUGUUUCAGCUUCUGAACAGCUCGUUGACAUGAAAAACACUACAACCCCUCAGCUAUCUGCUGUCAGGAUAAGUACACAGAGGAAUGGUUCCAUUGCAUCACUUGUGCCUCCUCUCCUACAUAAACCAAGUUUACACAGACAACAAAAUGUUCACUUCAUUUAUACACCAGCAACUGUGAGUGAACAACAUACUGUAACCUCUUCAAUGUCGAGUUUAAAAGCUCAACACAAUGUGACAAGCCCAGGAAAUUACACUUCAAUUUCUAAUACAAGUUCAAAGGAUCCUGUAGCCUCGCAGUUACCUCCUUUGUCAGUUGGGCAGGGCAUCUUUGGUGUUUCAUCAAGUAGUUCAAAUUUGGUCAGCCAACAGACUAUGACUGUAUCUUCGGUUGGAGCUGGGAAUUUGUGUAAUAAUGAUCAUCAGAACAUGCUGCCCCCAUCGAUUGUUCCACAUUCAACAAAUAUGUCAUGCUCUACAUUCAGACUAGAAUCUAAAGAAGGUGGUAAACAUCCAGUUCACAUGCCGCCUUCAGGUUUCAGUCUUACCCCUGUUAGGUUCAACCAAGAAAAUUCUCAAUCCUCGUCUGUUCAGCUCUCAACUACAGAUGACUGUGAAAAGCAGAGCGCAACAAACCUUCCGCUUGUUCCACCUUCAGUGGUUGAGCAUAAUUACCAAAUUAUGGAAAGUAGUGCAGUCUAUACCACUCUUCCAUCAGCUUCUGAAAAGGAUAUCCCAGCAAAGGUAAUUGGAGGCCAAGUUGACACCUCUAAUACAGUAGUGGACACAUCAUUCUCUAUGUUGGAGAUGUCCAAAUAUUCGGCAUCAUCAGCUGCUAAUUUGUCAGGCUCAUCUGGGCAGCACUGUCAAGAAAUGUUGGUUCAUGGCUCAUCAACCAUAGGCGAACGUAGUGAGCAGCAGAAAAAAUGUGCCAAUUCAGUGCCAGUACUCAUUAGGCAGCCGUCAGCUGGAGACCUGUCUUCAUCUUUUGAACUAAAUGGAAGCAAGAGGAACCUAACCUCCGAAAUUUACAUUUCCCACACCCAUCCUACAUUUUGUGAGGUUCAGGAAAACCUGGCUGUGAAUAAUAGUCCACCUCCAAAAAGGUUUCUGGCCUCUGCCCUGGAAGAUGCCUCACAAGAUGGGCAUAGUUGUAAAAAUGCAAUUCUGUGUCCUGACAAGGAAUCGAUAAAUUCUCCCGAGUUGUUACACAAUGAAGGUUUGGAUAAAAGUGGGGCUACUAAUGUGGCUCAAGAUGAGGUGGCAGUUCAACCAGACAUCUGUAUCACUGGAGUUUUUUCACUCGGAGAUGAUAAAGGACUGUGGGGAUCUGUUCAACAAGAGAACCUUAUUGAUCACAUUAACCCUGAUACCAGUUCAAGUGUUCUUACUAGUGACGAGAUGCACAAUUCCCCUGGACCUAAAGAAUUGGUAACUGUAGAAUCUGGUAUGAGAGGCAAAACAAAUCGAGCCAAAGAAUGUAACACUACUGUAGUGAGUGAAAAGGGGCCAGUGAUGUGUGUACCUCUUUCUAACCUGGAAAGUAGUCAAUGUCAUUCGGUAACCGAAUCUCCUAGAAUGGUACAUAUGCAGCCAGUGAUGGAACGUUCAUUUGAUAAAAACAUUAGUGAAUUGUCUGGUGAUUCAAAUGAUCCAGCCAAUGUUUUAGUUGAUCUAACUACAGCAGAUUACUGUUCUUCUGAUUCUGUAUUACCAUGUACCUUCAGAGAGCAUGAGACAAAACUAGUGUCUGAUAAAAGCUGUUUACCUUUUGAAGUUAAUGACCAGCAUCCUUUGUCUUUUGACAAGGAAACACAGGAUCUUGAUGAGCUAUUGCAUUCAGUUGAGGCAGCAAUUGAAACUUUACUGAAUUUCUGGAAUCCUGAAUUUACUCCAUGUACCUGUGGUAAUACUGGAAAGUUGAUUUGCAAGCAUAAUAAUCUGCAUGGACGGACUUGUGAGAGUAAACUGCCAAAUACUGAAGAAGCUGAUUUGAAUUUUUGUGGAGCUGUCCAAGUGCCAGAUAAGGCUGACUUGCUUGAGGGACCUGGUUGUGAUCUAUCUGCUGAUGUAAAGGUGCUUGGGCAUGUUGAAAUUCUGAAUCUACUUGCUGAGAUAUCAAAGUCAAAUACGCAUCAGAGGCUGCCUGCAGAAAUUGCAGAGUCUGAACAGUUCACUCAUUCCAUUGUGAGAUUAAAUAAAGAAACGCAACAAAAAGCUUCACAGAAUGCCAAUGGUGAUGAGUCGAAUGAAUAUGGUGCCAAGGCGCUGGAGAGAAAAGGAAGAGGAUAUAAGGGAGAACCAAAUUGUGCACCCUUGCAGGGACUUAACAAUAAUAACAACAACAACAGCACUAUUCAGAAGGGAAAACAACAGGAAAAGAAAGUAUAUUGCUGCAUUAAUGCUUGGCUGGUUGCAUCUGGGGUGCUUGGCAUUAAUUGCAAUUGUAAAUUAUCGCAGGGAAGUAAACCUGAAAGCCAGACAAAUUUGCCAACAGCAGUAUACAAGAGCCAAAGCAGCAGUGAGAUGAGCAAUCAAAAUGGUUUUGCAAAUCAGAUGGAUGUAGAACCCACAUUAAACCAUGUGCCAUUUGUGACUCACAAGAAUGAAUUGGAAAUAUCUGAAAUGAGGAAUUCUACUCCCAGUCUUGUUCCUGAUUAUAAUCAGGAGAAACCUUUGGGAGAAGUGCCACCGGAGGUUUGUAGUGCUGAUGCAAUACAGCAGUCUAGUGAAGUCAGAACAAUAGAAAAUGAGAUGGAAAACCUGUGGAAUCCAGGAAAUGCAAAUUUAAAUGGCUUUAAUGCAUCUGCUAUAUUAACAGACAUAGUUGGUCUUGAAGGAAAACUUCAUCAAAAGAAAAUUGAGGAAAGAAAAGAAGUUUCUCUAAAUGCUAUUGAAAAUGGACCGAAAAAGGAAGAUCACGCUGUUUUGGAGAAGGAAACUGAUGAAGAUAAAACUAAGAAUGUGAGAAGAGAUUCUUCUCUGAAUGUAUUAACUGAGAAGGCCAGUGACCAAAGUGAUGUACUGCAGUUUAAGCAACACAUUGUUAAACUGGGAUUUAAGGUAAUGAAAAGGAAAGCUGACAGUACUAGUUGCCGGAGUCCACAGAAAAAAAGGAAGAUUGGUGUUCAGGGAAAGAAAAUAUUUGUGAGGAGUCGAGGUCCACAGAAGAGCAACCAUAGGAGGAAAACAAAGUGUGAUUUUCAGGAUGCCAAAGUACUACCCAAGUAUAACUGUCGUGUUAUGAUCCAGGAUAAAACCUAUUCCUCAUCAGGAGAAAACGCUGUUCUUGUCAGUCUUGUGCCACUCUCUGGAAAUCUUCAUAAAGCAAUGGAGAAAGUCAAUGUGAAAAACUAAUACAUGUACAAUGAAGUUUUUGUUUAGGUUUUUUUUGUUUCUUUCUUGUUGGCAAAUUUUCAUUCAGCUUUGUUUUGAACAAUUAGUCAUUUUAUGAAUCACAGUAGUAUCCCAUGUCACACUGUUAAAUCUUUAUUUCUUUUGUAUGAAAUUAUAAAUGCUUGUAGUUAUCUAGCAAGACUAGAAUUGAGAAAGUUUAUUUUCAUUUAGUGUUAUUAAAUUCAUGAUCGUAGUCAGAUGUUUUGAAGUUUAUAUAGAAAGUAUAUGUUAUGACAGGGCAUAUCUACUUGAAAAUGUUACUCCUGUUUUAAAUGUUGUUGAUAAGCUAAGAAAAUUACCUCAUUUUGAAUUAACUGAUAUUCUCAGUUAAAUUGUCCAAGGUUGUUUGGUUUCAUCAAAACAAAUGAAACUGUUUUUUCCUUGUGUUUAAGUAUUAAACAAUAUCUUCCUAUUUAUUAGGAACAAA